UGUCGGCGAAAUUGAAAUGAACGUUAACUGUUCCUGAUCUGGUUUUGUGCUGCUGACUCUUUAAAAAGAUUGCUGUUUGGCGUCGAGGUCAAAGUCCUGGCCGAUUAACAGUUAUGGAGGAUCAUAUCGAGCUACAAAUCACUCCAGAAACUCCAGGCAGGCCUUCCAUAAGAAACCCAUUCGAGAGUCCUAAUGACCAUCACCACUUGCGUGAGCCCCUGGUUCCGAGCCCAUCAGUGUUCAAAUCCAAGCCAUGUAAAGCUACUCCAUCUAAGUUUAACUGGUCAAUUGAUGAAAUGGCUAGUCUUCUACCAGUACACAUAGACGCAGAGGAAAUCCAGCUACAGUCUUUUUACUUAAGUCAAACAAGGAUGGAUUCAGAUGUUGAGGAAAAAUGUCAGAAUGCUAUUGAACAGUUUUUCACCAAAGGAGCUAUUGUACCUUCCCCGUGGGCAGCGCCAGAAACCCGCAGAGCCCCUCAGCUCUAUAAAAAAAGUCCAAUGAUUGCAGAGGAAACUGAAAAAAUAUCAGUUGGUUGCCAAACAACCCUUUCACUACCUUUGGCUUUUGAUUUGGAGAAAAUACUAGGAGAAUAUUACCGCUGCGAGGAAGCAUGUGAUGCAGUGACGGAGAGCCUUAGUUCAUCGUCCUUGAGACGAAAACUCUUCCUUGAUGGCCAGUUCAGUUAUAGCAGUUCUGACAGCUCUACCCCACCAAGUCCAGAGAGAGUCCAUGGCACACAGGAGAGGCUGUUUCCCAACGGAAAAGGAGCUGUAGUGAGAGGCGAACCUGCUGAGGGAGAAGCUACAUCACCUGUCUUUUCAUCCCCUUUGUCCUGUGGCAUGUCAGCCAAGACUCCCUCUACGGGUCAAUUCUCAUCCAGUCCCAUCCAGCAUGGCUGCUUCAGAGACUGUAGCCUUGGCAGCAUCAACAGUCCUCUGUUUCCUGAUAGGUCAUCGCCUGCUGGACGUGUUUCUCCUACUAUUUCUCCUAUUCUAGCUCAUGCGAUACGGUCUCCCAUAGGCUCCGAGAGGAAGCAGCCAAACAGUUUGACCCCUUAUGGUGGUCCGCUAGACACAGAUGUCACUUCUUGCAACGACAGCCCAUUUGUUGAAGGUUGCUCUCCCAUUCGUAGCUGCUCUCCCCACCAAGCACAUCACCCAAAUGAGCCCCAGCACAUCUCUAGACACAAGCCCAGAUCUAAAUUCCACUGUUGGGCUUCACCUCCCCUCAUUUCCCCAAUCCUUAACCCCAAACUCCAAGAAAAUCAGGUGGCUGAGGAAGACCCCCCUUCUGCCUCCACAUCUUCUUCUCCCCCCUCUAUGGAACUUGACCCAUCAUCUCCUUUGGCCCUGGUCAUUCACCCUGCUGUCACUGAGCGAGUUAGCCUGGAUCCUGUGAAAAUGGAAGAGGGCAAGGAGAAGGCAAUAGAAAACAGGCUGGAUGUUGAGGAAGAGGAGGUGUUGGAGGAAAGUGGAGGACCUUCAGAACGGAUGACCAGCUCUCGUAUGGGCAAUGUGUCAGCAGCAGAAAGCUCUCAGAUGUUUCUGUCUCUUCUAACAGAGGGAAGCAGCAUCCGAUAUGACUCCAGCAUGCAGGUGGAUAGCGGCUAUAACACUACCUCAGCGGGCACUGCUAGCCUAAUCGAUGCCCUCGGGAUAGAUAGUCAAAGCAAAGAGUCCCUCAGCUCUAACCUUGAAGAUGCCUUCCCCUUCACUCGACACAUUAAAGUUAAGGGAUUUUAUCCUCACCACUGACCCACCUGAUUUAAAAGGGACCCCUCUUCCAGUGAAAGCUCAAGAUGAUUACUUUGCAAUCAAAUACAAAAAAAACGUUUACACGUUUGACACUUUUAUGAUAAAGUAAGACUGAAAAGUCAUCUGUUUAAGUUGGUGUGCAAAGAAGUAAAGCUGGUUAUUUGAUCUUUUAAGGGUAGUUUCCUGACUAAAUCAAAAUCUUUAUUGUAUAUUUUAUCAAAAGGUAAGUCUCACUUACCCCUACUGUAACACGACAAUUCUGUUGUCGGCUAUAAUUUUAGAUCCCAUAUAUUGGUGUGAGAAAAAGGGAAGAUAAACAAUUCUGUAUAAAAUUUGCACAACAGCAACUUUCUUGACUUAAAUUUGCUGUAUUUAAAAGUGAAUUUUGUGCAGACACAACUGACCUGAUAGAUUCUGAUGUUUGCAUCAGAUCUGCACUGUAUUUAAGUUUUUAUGAAACUGUAUCAUGUUUUCUUUAAGCUUUUUUUUUAUUGAAUGAGGAAGAAUAUUUCCAAUUCAGGUUUCAUCUGUGUUAUAGGAAUUAAGUUCUACAAUACACACUAAAUAAUGCCACUAAUUAAUUAAAAGCUGAGCAUAUACUUUUUUUUAAACAUAUAUACAUUAAACAUUGACUGGCUCUUUGUCACAUUAAAUUAACUUGAAUUCUU